AGGUAGGCUGCUAUAAAACAUGUAAAAUGUUAGAAAAACACCUAUAAAGGUGCAUAAAAGAAUGUGUGGCCCUAAUUUAGUGGAAGAACUUGACACGACCCCAUUAAACACUACAGCCUCUCUUCCUAGUAACACAAAUGGACCUCACUAAUGUUGUUAUGGCUGAAUGGAAACAGUCAGGUUUUGGGGCUUGAGGCUGUGAAGGUUUAUAAAGUAUCAAAGGGAAGGAGCAGACAUACACUACUAUGUUGGAGCCCAUGGAUUUGGAGUUGAAUGGUUCAUAUGGGUGUAAUAUUUUGUCUAUGUACCACUGAAAAUGAUGAAACGUGAAAUAGACUAUACAGUAAAAUAUUAAUUUAGGAGAAAAAUACAAAGUAUCAUGGCAUCACACACCCUUACUUUCCUCUGGGGACUGUGAAAGCCCAGAAGAUAGUCCAGAUCACAAGAUACCGUAUCACCUGAUAGUCCUCUCAGCCUCCUCACGUAUUCUAUUAACAAAUUCAAUCAGGCCUCUUCACUGUGCUGCUUUUGGAGAAGAGUCAAAAGUCAGUCCUCUGUUCUUUUUUAGUGUGUAUAAACAUGUAUGGACAGUUCAGCUCUACUGUAUGUGCAACUGUUUUAAUAAAUUGCAUCAAAUAACAAAAAAGGCUCUAGCUUCAGAAGACCAGUAAUGGGUGAAGGGCUCUGUAAAUUCCUCAUACAGUAUACCCAUUGAAAUUCAUCUUCCUAUUGCUGGAAUGAAAAUUAAGUUACACAUCUUAGGGUGGGGACAUUUGAGGAUCAUCACCGAUUGGACUAAGAAAGCACACAUCAGGACAUUUGAUGCAAGAAGAGCAAACAGACUAAGGACAGCACAGCUGAAAAGCUAAACACCACUGGUUUUUGGUUCAAACCAAGCUUUGGGAUUUCAGAUAACUGGAACUGGAAAACAUCUACCUAACAAGGAUCUGCGUUCAACUUUUCUACUCUACAUUCUACGCCAAAGUAGUCACAGAGAGACCAGAGAACGAAAAGAUUAUGUCUCGCCUUCUGUGCCUCCUCAUUCUUCUUUCUCUGUUUCCAGUUGUGGUACCUCUGUUUUGCUACACAUGUGUGUUUCCUGCUAUUUCCCCGCUCAACUGCAUCCGGUACCCUCAGAAGUGUCCUCCAGGCCACCAGUGUCUCUCAAGCAGAGCAGUAGGACAACGAGGAGACAUCAAGGUUGUACUGUAUGAGAAGAGCUGCAUCCUCUCAUCCUUAUGUGGUCUUACGGGAGAGAAAUAUGCUAUGGGUCUGAACUUCACCUUCACAAAUGAAUGCUGUGAUACUCACCUGUGCAAUGCAGCCCCACCCACCAGCAGAGGGCCCCUCUGGGCAGGCACAGGGCUUUCUCUUCUCAUCUUCUUACUUCAGUGAUCUCUGUUAACCUCAAGGUUAAGUCACUAUUACAAAUAUGAUGAUGCUAAAGCUAUAUGGUCUACUUGUAUUUCUUCAGCUUCAAUGAAAUUCAGUGUUGAUUUGUAGGGGUGUUCAGGC